AAAACAGUAGUAGGAAGAAAAAGCCCCAGUUUCGGGGGGCGAGGGUUAAGGUUUCCCUUUUGGGAGCGCGAUGCCGGGCACAGAACACUGUUUGCCUAAUUAUUCAGCCGGAGCCCGCUUAGCAAGGUGAGACAUUCGCACAGCACGAAUCCAGCCUGGCAGCCGGCUGCUCCGGGUGAAGUGAGCCCUUCAUUUUCCCGAUCAGCUCAGGAGGCGAAGUAGUGAAACCCCCAAAUCCGCUUCCUUACGUGGUUGCUAAAAGGGCGCAAGCAGAGCCUAGGGGGUGGGGAAAUUACAAGUGCAAAUGACUUUGGGUAUACUAAGGUUAGUCAUUCCCCCCACCCCCGUUAUCUGGGGAUAACGGAAUCGUAGAUUGUAAGUUUCGGUGUCUAAUGAGUUGCAGAGGGGCGCACAUCACUCUUAAAGUCCUUGUCAGGCGCGCCCCAAGUUUGUAGCUCGGGCGCGGACGGCUGGGCCGAGCGGGGGUGGGGAGGGUCUCCAGUCCCAGGCAUUGCGCUCGGGGCUUCUGCUCAGUUUCCUGCCUCGGAGUGGCCGCGUCCGCCCCAGCCCAGAGCAGUGUGUGCAAUCCAGAAACUCGAUAGGAGGCAGCAGCUGAUCACCCACCGCCCUAAAAAUAAUCUGCUCGGCGCCCGGCGCGCUUCGGCCAGGGGAAGGAAAGCGCUGGCUUCGGGGAGUUCUGCGUCCGGCUUUGAAAUUUAUACUUAGAGACAGAGUAGGAAGCUGGUAUUUUGAAGGUAAAGCAAGUGCACCAGUGGGGGUUUGAAGCAGCGUCAAGCGAUUACCCAAGAGUGAACUAUAUAAGAAGAAAUGAGCCUUUCAUUCUGCGGUAACAACAUUUCUUCCUAUAAUAUCUACGAUGGUGUGUUACAAAAUCCCUGCUUUGUGGAUGCCCUUAACCUGGUUCCUCAUGUCUUCCUGCUGUUUAUCACUUUCCCAAUAUUGUUCAUUGGGUGGGGGAGUCAAAGCUCGAAGGUACAAAUUCAUCACAACACAUGGCUUCAUUUUCCUGGACACAACCUGAGAUGGAUCCUGACAUUUGCCCUACUGUUUGUGCACGUUUGUGAAAUAGCGGAAGGCAUUGUUUCAGAUUCACGGCGGGAGUCGAGGCAUCUCCACCUCUUCAUGCCUGCGGUGAUGGGAUUUGUUGCUACCACCACAUCCAUAGUAUAUUAUCAUAAUAUUGAAACAUCAAAUUUUCCUAAGUUACUUUUAGCCUUAUUCCUGUACUGGGUAAUGGCCUUUAUCACAAAAACCAUAAAGCUGGUCAAAUAUUGGCAGUCUGGUUGGGGAAUAUCAAACCUGCGUUUCUGCAUCACAGGCAUAAUGGUCAUUUUGAAUGGACUCUUGAUGGCUGUGGAGAUCAAUGUCAUUCGGGUCAGAAGAUAUGUGUUCUUCGUGAAUCCGCAGAAAGUAAAGCCCCCUGAAGACCUCCAGGAUCUAGGUGUGAGGUUUCUCCAACCGUUCGUGAAUUUAUUGUCAAAAGCAACGUACUGGUGGAUGAACACGCUCAUCAUAUCUGCUCAUAAAAAGCCUAUUGAUCUGAAGGCGAUUGGAAAAUUACCAAUAGCAAUGAGAGCAGUAACAAACUAUGUUUGUUUGAAAGAUGCAUAUGAAGAACAAAAGAAAAAAGUGGCAGAUGACCCAAAUCGGACUCCAUCUAUAUGGCUGGCAAUGUACAGAGCUUUCGGGCGACCAAUUCUACUUAGUAGCACAUUUCGUUAUCUUGCUGACUUACUGGGUUUUGCCGGACCUCUCUGUAUUUCUGGAAUAGUUCAGCGUGUAAAUGAAACCCAGAAUGAAACAAAUAACCCAACAAGAGCUUUAGAAACCCUCUCAUCAAAGGAAUUUCUUGAAAAUGCUUAUGUUCUAGCAGUUCUUCUGUUCUUGGCUCUUAUUCUGCAAAGGACAUUUUUGCAGGCUUCCUACUAUGUGACCAUUGAGACUGGCAUUAACCUGCGUGGAGCCUUGCUGGCCAUGAUAUAUAAUAAAAUCCUUCGGCUUUCUACUUCUAAUUUAUCCAUGGGUGAGAUGACCCUGGGUCAAAUCAAUAACUUGGUCGCCAUUGAAACCAAUCAGCUCAUGUGGUUCUUGUUCCUGUGUCCCAAUCUAUGGGCCAUGCCUGUUCAGAUCAUCAUGGGAGUGAUCCUGCUCUACAAUUUGCUUGGGUCCAGCGCUUUGGUUGGUGCUGCAGUCAUUGUGCUCCUCGCGCCAAUUCAAUACUUCAUUGCUACAAAGUUGGCAGAAGCUCAGAAGAGCACUCUUGAUUAUUCCACUGAGAGACUGAAGAAAACAAAUGAAAUACUGAAAGGCAUCAAACUUCUAAAGCUGUACGCCUGGGAGCACAUCUUUUGCAAGAGUGUGGAAGAGACAAGAAUGAAAGAACUCUCCAGUCUCAAAACUUUUGCUCUUUAUACAUCACUCUCCAUCUUCAUGAACGCGGCAAUUCCCAUAGCAGCUGUUCUUGCUACGUUUGUGACCCACGCAUAUGCCAGCGGGAACAACCUCAAACCUGCAGAGGCCUUUGCUUCGCUGUCACUCUUCCACAUCCUGGUCACCCCUCUCUUCCUGCUCUCCACCGUGGUCAGGUUUGCAGUCAAAGCCAUCGUCAGUGUUCAAAAGCUGAAUGAAUUUCUCCUGAGUGAUGAGAUUGGUGAGGACAGCUGGCGAACUGGCGAAAGUUCUCUUCCAUUUGAAUCCUGUAAGAAGCACACUGGAGUCCAGCCAAAAACUAUAAACAGGAAGCAGCCUGGAAGAUAUCACCUGGACAACUACGAGCAAUCAACACGACGUCUGCGUCCCAUGGAGACGGAAGAUGUUGCAAUAAAGGUCACAAAUGGGUACUUUUCAUGGGGCAGUGGUUUAGCAACCUUAUCCAAUAUCGAUAUUCGAAUUCCAACAGGUCAGUUAACCAUGAUUGUGGGCCAAGUGGGAUGUGGGAAGUCGUCUCUUCUCCUUGCCAUCCUCGGAGAGAUGCAGACCUUGGAAGGGAAAGUUCACUGGAGCAAUGUAAAUGAAUCUGAACCUUCUUUUGAAGCGACCAGAAGUAGGAACAGGUAUUCUGUGGCUUAUGCAGCUCAAAAGCCUUGGCUAUUAAAUGCUACGGUAGAAGAAAAUAUUACCUUUGGAAGUCCUUUCAACAAGCAGAGGUACAAAGCAGUCACAGAUGCCUGUUCUCUUCAACCAGAUAUUGACUUACUACCAUUUGGAGACCAAACUGAAAUUGGAGAGAGGGGCAUCAACCUGAGUGGAGGUCAGAGGCAAAGAAUCUGUGUGGCCCGAGCUCUCUAUCAAAAUACCAACAUUGUCUUCUUGGAUGAUCCAUUUUCUGCCUUGGAUAUUCACUUGAGUGAUCACCUAAUGCAGGAAGGAAUUUUGAAAUUUCUCCAAGAUGACAAGAGGACACUUGUUCUUGUGACUCACAAAUUACAAUAUCUAACACAUGCUGACUGGAUCAUAGCCAUGAAAGAUGGAAGUGUUCUAAGAGAAGGGACUUUGAAGGAUAUUCAGACCAAAGAUGUAGAGCUUUAUGAACAUUGGAAAACACUAAUGAAUCGGCAGGAUCAAGAACUAGAAAAGGAUAUGGAAGCUGACCAAACAACCUUAGAGAGGAAAACACUCCGAAGAGCCAUGUAUUCAAGAGAGGCCAAAGCCCAACUGGAGGAUGAAGACGAAGAGGAAGAAGAGGAGGAAGAUGAGGAUGAUAACAUGUCCACGGUGAUGAGGCUGAGGACUAAAAUGCCAUGGAAGACCUGUUGGCGGUACCUCACUUCUGGAGGAUUCUUCUUGCUCUUCCUGAUGAUUUUCUCGAAGCUUCUGAAACAUUCCGUCAUUGUGGCGAUAGACUACUGGCUGGCCACAUGGACCUCAGAGUAUAGUAUAAACAGUACCGGAAAAGCUGACCAGACCUACUAUGUCGCUGGAUUUAGCAUCCUUUGUGGAGCAGGUAUUUUCCUCUGCCUUGUUACAUCGCUCACUGUGGAAUGGAUGGGUCUCACAGCUGCUAAAAAUCUUCACCAUAAUCUCCUUAAUAAGAUAAUUCUUGGACCAAUAAGAUUCUUUGAUACCACACCACUGGGACUGAUUCUCAAUCGCUUUUCAGCUGAUACAAAUAUCAUUGAUCAGCAUAUCCCUCCAACUUUGGAAUCUCUAACUCGGUCAACACUGCUCUGCGUGUCUGCAAUUGGCAUGAUUUCUUACGCUACCCCUGUGUUCCUGGUUGCACUUGUGCCUCUUGGGGUCGCCUUUUAUUUUAUCCAGAAAUACUUCCGAGUGGCCUCUAAGGACCUCCAGGAACUUGAUGACAGUACCCAGCUCCCUCUGCUUUGCCACUUCUCAGAAACUGCUGAAGGACUCACCACCAUUCGGGCAUUUAGGCAUGAGACCAGAUUUAAGCAACGAAUGCUGGAACUGACAGACACUAACAACAUUGCCUACUUAUUCCUCUCAGCUGCCAACAGAUGGCUGGAGGUCAGAACGGAUUAUCUGGGUGCUUGCAUUGUCCUCACUGCAUCUAUUGCAUCCAUUAGUGGGUCUUCCAAUUCCGGCUUGGUGGGCUUAGGUCUUCUGUAUGCACUUACGAUAACCAAUUAUUUGAAUUGGGUCGUGAGGAACUUGGCUGAUGUGGAGGUCCAGAUGGGCGCAGUGAAGAAAGUGAACAGUUUCCUGACUAUGGAGUCUGAGAAUUAUGAAGGCACCAUGGAUCCUUCUCAAGUUCCAGAACAUUGGCCUCAGGAAGGGGAGAUCAAGAUUCAUGAUCUGUGUGUCAGAUAUGAAAAUAACCUAAAGCCUGUUCUUAAGCACGUGAAGGCUUACAUCAAACCUGGGCAGAAGGUGGGCAUAUGUGGUCGCACUGGCAGUGGGAAGUCAUCAUUAUCUCUGGCUUUCUUCAGAAUGGUGGAUAUAUUUGAUGGAAAGAUUGUCAUUGACGGGAUAGACAUUUCCAAACUGCCACUGCACACACUGCGUUCUAGGCUUUCAAUCAUUCUGCAGGAUCCCAUACUCUUCAGCGGUUCUAUUCGAUUUAAUUUAGAUCCAGAAUGCAAAUGCACGGAUGACAGACUCUGGGAAGCUCUUGAAAUUGCUCAGUUGAAGAACAUGGUCAAAUCCCUACCAGGAGGUCUAGAUGCAGUUGUCACUGAAGGUGGGGAGAAUUUUAGUGUUGGACAGAGACAGCUGUUCUGCCUUGCCAGGGCCUUUGUCCGCAAAAGCAGUAUUCUCAUCAUGGAUGAAGCAACGGCUUCCAUCGACAUGGCCACAGAAAACAUUUUGCAGAAAGUGGUCAUGACAGCUUUUGCAGAUCGCACCGUUGUUACAAUAGCUCACCGUGUCUCUUCUAUUUUGGAUGCAGGCCUUGUUUUAGUCUUAUCUGAGGGUAUAUUAGUAGAGUGUGAUACUGUUCCAAACUUGCUUGCUCUCAAGAAUGGCCUCUUUUCCACUUUGGUGAUGACCAACAAGUAAAGAUCAGGAGCUACCCUGCCAAGUAUCCCAUUCUCUGCAUCGGGUUCACACUAUUCUGACGGCAGACCUAGUUAUUGUGAUGAAGCGAGGAAAUAUUUUAGAAUAUGACACUCCAGAAAGCCUCUUGGCCCGGGAAGAUGGAGUAUUCGCUUCUUUUGUUCGAGCAGACAUGUGACGGAAUGUCUUAACACCAUGCUUGUAUUUAAUAUAAUGCUCUCAUAACCUACUUAAUGGAUCAUCAGCUUGGCCUUUGGAAAGUGGCAUCUUAAACUUUUACACACUUUUGUGAAGUUUAAUUGUUAUGUUGUGGACUUUGUAAUUAGUAACAAUAUCACUGUACCAGUGAAUAUUGCACUUUCUAUAUUGACAUUUCUUCUUCCUUUGUUUUGUUUGUUUUGCUUUGUUUCCCAAUCUGUGGCUGCUUAUUAUGUUCAUUACUGAUGUUUUUCUAAAGAUUAAGCCACAUUACCUUUAAGAAUAACCUUUAAGGUUGUAUUAAAACAAGUAAGCUACUUUAAGUGGUAAAUCAACCACUCUGCUUAAGUCUGGAAAAUAUCUCUCAAGCAUAGAAGUUACAGUUAGUAUUCAGUAUUAUUUUACUUUUAUUUGUAAGAAUAUAUUUCCUUUUUGUUGAUGUUUCUAGAUAUUAUUGGAAGAAAUUAAAAGGAGGACAGGUUUUCUAAUCAGUUAGAAAAUGAAACACUCAAAUUCAUUAUUUACUGUCUGAGAAUAUGUUCUGUAUUCAUUAACAUUAAUAAUACUGACGUUUCUUAUAAAAGUCUCUUUUUUUUCAUCUAAAUUGUUUCUGGUUACCAAGACUAGAAGUUAUUAUUACAUUUAUAAUAACCCUGUAAAUCUGAAACCUUCAUUAGAAUGAUCAUGAUAGUAAGAGUUUGAAAAUUUGACAAAUUAUACCCAAGGUUCCAUUUUUCCUCGUCUAGUAAGAGGAGAGCUUUUAAGAUAUCGAGCAUAAUGUGCUUUUCCAGACUGAAGUUCAAAAAUGAUAAGGCUCAACCCUUCAGUGAAGGUCACUACAGCUUUCCAUAGUUUAAUUAAUCAUUAGAUGUGUUCUUCCCUGGUGGCUCAGAUGGUAACAUGUCUACCUGCAAUGCAGAAGACCCGGGUUCGAUCCCUGGGUCGGGAAGAUCCCCUGGAGAAGGAAAUGGCAACCCACUCCAGUACUCUUGCCUGGAAAACCCCAUGGACGGAGGACCCUGGUAGGCUACAGACCAUGAGGUCGCAAAGAGUCGAACACGACCGAGCGACUUUACUUUCACUUUCACUUUAGAUGUGUUUAUUAUCCUCAAGGCCUAAAAUUCCACGUUAUUCAAGACUGGAGAGCAUAAGCAAGUGGCCUUAUUUUCACAGGAUUUAUCUAUACAAAUAUACAUACAUACAUACAUAAACAUAGGUAGACAUACAUGUAUAUGUAAAACAUGUGUCUAUUUCUAGGUGGAAGAAUGUAUAUUUCUUUUAAACAUUUAUGCCCAGUGGUGUCACACAGGUACAUAUUUGUUCCUGCUCUAAUUUUAAUGUACAUGUAAAGAGUGUAUCAAAAUUUUAUUCUGAGUUUAAUGUGCAUAUUCAAGGUGCAUCAAAAUUUAUUGGAUAUUAGUGUCAUGCUUUCUUAAAUGUAAAUUAAUAAAUUGAAAAAAUACUAAAAGUUACUUUCACUGUCAUGCUAGCACCCAAAGAUUUAUACUGUAAUUUUGUACCCAUUUGUAUCAAUAUUGAUUUUCAUGUCAAGGUCCAUGUGCAUUGUAAGAUUUUGAAGAAUUAUAACUGAUGGAAAAAGAGAAUGUAAGUUCCCUUUCUAUAGUUCCUGUGUUGUUUAUUGUGUAUUCAUGCUUGGAAAAUUUGUAUACUUACUCAUGCAGAACUUAUGCCUGGGCCUUCCCCUGAAUUUAGAGUCUUGAUGUUUACCUAAAAUAAGUUUCACAAGGAUGGACAAAAGUGUUCUAUGUUACUUAGUGCAAACGGUCAACUCAUCAUAUAUAUAAAACUUCAUUAGGAGAAAAAUCCUCUUAUUCUUCCCUGAAAGUUAAACAGAACAGAAUCAAGAACUGUUGAUUUGAUCUUGAAAAUAUUUUCUAAAUGUUCCACCAAUUUACUCAAAGUGUUUCUGGCAUGCAAAUGCUUUGUAAGGUUGAAUUCACACCAUUCUUUUUACCAAGUUAUAUAUUUCAGUGUCACAGAGAAAGGGCUUCCCAGGUGGCAAUAGUGGUAAAGAAUCUACCUGCCUAAGCAGGAGACUUAAGAGAUGCGGGUUCAAUCCCUGGGUUGGGAAGACCCGCUGGAGGAGGGCAUGGCAACCCACUCCAGUAUUCUUACCUGGAGAAUCCCAUGGAUAGAGGAUCCUGGUGAGCCACGAUCCAUCAAGUCACAAAGAGUCGGACACGACUAAAGCUUCUUAGUACCCACACUCAUCAAGAGAAAUGAGGAUUUACCCACUGAAAUAAUCCCUCAUGAUAUCUGUAAAUAUUCUACUGCUAUCCAGGCAGUGUCAGCAGAAGCGUAUCUAAUUACACUAAGCAGAAAAUCACAUUUACCAUUUUUACAACUAAGUGGUCACUGGUUUCCUCAUAACUUGCAGUCACUUGAGUGUUUAAUUGUUUACAAAACUAAAUUGACUGAAUAAAGUCAAGGAUGAUCUCUUAAAUUGUUCAAUCACAUAUUGUGUUAUAUGUAUGAUCUAUUGAAUAUGGAAAUAACUAAUCUUGAGAUAAUUUUUUUAUUAAACAGGUAUAUAUCUACAAAAGAAGACCAGCCUUUACUUAAUCAAAUUUCAUAUCACAGAUUUUACAUUUAAUUAACCAAAUCAUUUUUACCAAUUUUAAUUCCUUAAUAUUUGUGAAAAGCAGUAAAUACUUAAAGCUUUAUAUGCAAAAAGGUUACUGAUAUUAUUAAAAGAGAAAAAAAAUACUUCUCUUAAAGGACUGUGCACCCUCUACUUUUAAGUGCUCCUUUCGGUCAAUUUAAAAGUCAACUUCGCUCUAGAUUAGAUAGAUAAGAGAAGAUCCUUCUAAGUAACUGACACUUGAGGUCUGGGACCAUGUGUUGUGUGUCUUUGUGCCCUUGGCAUAUAAUACAAGUACCUGAACCACAGCAGGCCCUAAUCAGUAUAUUUGAUUGGUCCAUUGAUUAAUUUUACCACUAGCCAUGUGCCUAUAACUUUUCACUGUCUGUGUUGCGUUUCUUCUACUAUAAACAUAUGCUGCUUUGGUAUUAUAUAAUAAAUUACUUUUUUUGCUUACUUAUUUUAAAAGGACAAUUAUUCUUUUACUUAUAAUACCAUUGGGCAUCAACCAGGACUGAUCAAUAGAUGUAAAUUAACACAGUUGACAAGACAGUACCUGAUCAUGCUUUGACAGUUUUGUUUCACACUUGUCACAGAGUCAGUUUUAUAUAUAGGCUUUUGGGAAGUUUUCAUCAAGUGGAACAACUAUAUCAAUAAAUUUUAUUACAUUGCUAA